GCUUUCCUUUGCAAGCUUGGCUUGAGCCUGCAAUCCCUCACAGAAACGCUGGCUUUUCUUUACUCCUCCCGCCCUCUCCUUGCCAUUGUCUCCCUUGGUAUCCAUUCUCGAUCCGCAGUCCGGGCCGCCGCCAUCUUCCCUCGUGCCCCGCGUCGCUUCGGCCGUUGCCACUUCAGCAUGAGCCCUUCUGCUGAGCCUCUCGCCAUGAGGCAGCAGCGACAGAGUCAAGUCGAGCGAGUGACUGACCAGCUCGAGACUCCCUCCGUCGACGAUCGUGCCUAUCGUGUCAUUCGCCUGCCCAACCAACUCGAGGCCCUCCUUGUCCACGAUGCGGACACAGACAAGGCUUCUGCUGCCCUUGACGUCAAUGUCGGAGCCUUUAGCGACGAGAGCGACAUGCCUGGCAUGGCCCACGCAGUAGAACAUCUGCUGUUUAUGGGCACAGAAAAGUACCCCGUGGAGAACGACUACAAUGUGUACCUGUCUUCACAUUCCGGAAGCUCAAAUGCCUACACCGGCGCCUGCUCGACCAAUUACUACUUUGACGUCGCCGCAAAACCCAGCAACGACGAAGAGCCCACCGAGUCGAACCCGUCGCCACUAUACGGCGCUUUGGACCGCUUCGCCCAGUUUUUCAUCGCGCCGCUAUUUCUGGCAUCAACAUUGGACAGAGAGCUGCGCGCGGUCGACUCCGAGAACAAGAAGAACCUACAGAGCGAUACUUGGCGGUUACACCAGCUCGAGAAGUCCCUGUCCAACCCGAAUCAUCCAUACUGCCACUUCUCGACAGGAAACCUCGAGACGCUCAAGACACUGCCAGAGGGCAAGGGAGUUGACGUCCGUGCCAAAUUCAUGGAGUUCCAUGAGACGCAUUACUCAGCCAACCGGAUGAAGCUGUGCGUGCUGGGCAGAGAGCCUCUCGACGUGCUUGAGAAGUGGGUGGCAGAACUGUUUGCGGAGAUUCCGAACAAGGACCUGCCACAGAAUAGGUGGGAGGCCGAGUUGCCAUGGACUGGAGAUCAGCUCUGCAAGCAGGUUUGCGCCAAGCCUGUAAUGGACUCACGCGAAUUGAACCUUUACUUUCCUUUUAUGGACGAGGAGACAUUGUUCGAGAGCCAGCCGAGUCGGUACAUCAGCCACUUGAUCGGCCACGAAGGCCCAGGCAGCAUCAUGUCCUACAUCAAGUCGAAGGGCUGGGCGAACACACUGAGUGCAGGCGCCUAUCCCAUCUGUCCGGGAACGCCUGGUGUCUUUGACUUUCAGGUCCGCCUGACGAAGGAGGGUUUGGUGCACUACAAAGAAAUCGUCAAGGUCUUCUUCGAGUAUGUGGCUCUUCUGCGCGAGAGCCCGCCCCAGGAGUGGAUCUUUGACGAGCAAAAGGGCAUGGCCGAUGUGGACUUCAAGUUUAAGGAGAAGACUCCUGCGAGCCGGUUCACAUCAAAAAUAUGUGCCGUCAUGCAGAAGCCACUUCCGCGAGAAUGGCUAUUGAGCGGUCAGAGCCGUCUUCGCAAGUUCGACUCCAAGCUCAUCAAGCAAGGAUUAGAUUUGCUACGGCCUGACAACUUCCGCAUGACCCUCAUCUCAAGGGAGUUUCCGGGGAAUUGGGACCAAAAGGAGAAGUGGUACGGAACCGAGUACAAGAGUGAGGACAUUUCAAGUGAUUUCCUUGCCGAGCUUACUCGAAUUGCGAAUGGAGAUGCCAAGGACCGGCUCGCCACCUUGCACCUACCGGGCAAGAACCAAUUUAUUCCCACAAAGCUGGAGGUGGAGAAAAAAGAGGUCAAGGAGCCUGCGAUUUCGCCAAAGCUGCUCAGAAACGACACAAUCGCACGAACAUGGUACAAGAAGGACGAUACGUUUUGGGUUCCCAAGGCCAACCUCAUUGUCAGCCUCAAAAACCCAGUAAUUUUCGCCUCGGCUGAAAAUGCCGUCAAGGCGAAGCUCUUUACAGAUCUCGUGAGAGACGCUCUUGAGGAGUACUCGUACGAUGCCGACCUCGCCGGUUUGUCUUAUGUUGUAAGCCUCGACAGUCGCGGCAUAUUUGUCGAGGUCUCUGGUUAUAACGACAAGCUUCCUGUGCUUCUGGAGCAAGUCUUGGUUACGAUGCGGGAUCUUGAGAUCCGCGACGACCGCUUUGAGAUUGUACGGGAGCGGCUGAAUCGAGGCUAUCAAAACUGGGAGCUACAACAGCCCUUCCAGCAGGUCAGCGAUUACUUGCAGUGGCUUACCUUGCAGCACGAAUAUGUUGUGGAGCAGCUCGUGCAGGAAGUCCCAGAUGUCACUGCCGACGGAGUCCGCCACUUCUGCAGACAGAUAAUGUCGCAGCUCCACAUUGAGACAUAUGUUCACGGCAAUCUCUAUAAGCAAGAUGCGCUCAAGCUGACAGAGAUGAUUGAGUCGAUCUUGAAGCCUCGUGUUCUGCCCAAGGAGGAAUGGCCCAUCGCGCGAUCCCUCAUCAUCCCACCUGGAUCCAACUUUUUGUUCUCGAAGACAUUGAAGGACCCUGCCAACGUUAACCACUGUAUCGAGUAUUUCCUCCACAUCGGCCCAAAGGGCGAUCGGGGUAUCCGUGCCAAGACACAGCUACUCGAUCAGAUACUACACGAGCCAGCCUUCGACCAGUUGAGGACCAAGGAGCAGCUCGGUUACAUCGUUUUCACCGGUGUGUGCCCUGGUGCGACAACGUAUGGGUUCCGUGUUAUCAUCCAGAGUGAGAAGAAGCCAGAGUACCUAGAGUCACGAGUCGACCUCUUCCUGGCUGCGCAGGGCAUGGCUUUGGAAAAGAUGAGCGAGGCCGACUUUGAAAGCCACAAGCGGAGUGUGGUCAACAAACGCCUCGAAAAGUUGAAGAACUUGGACCAGGAGACUGGGCGGCACUGGGCUCAGAUUGCCAACGAGUACUACGAUUUUGCUGCUUCGCAAGAGGACGCCGCUCGAGUGUCGCAGCUAACCAAGGACGAUAUGAUUCACUUUUACCGCACAUUCAUUGCUCCUACAUCACCAGAGCGCGCCAAGCUCGCGAUCCACCUCGUGGCUCAAGGAGUCAGCGGUGAUGCUACACCAGCAGACGUUCCGGCUGGGCAGGAGGAUGUCUCUGUGCCUUCAAAUGGCAAAGAAAUUGUUGUCAUUGACAACGUUCGGGAUUACAAGGCUGGUCUCGUGGUCAGCGCUGGUGCCCGGCCGACUCAGCAACUCAGCGAAUUUGAGGACAGCGACGCGAAGCUGUGAUUGUAUAACUGUAGGGUUGGUAGAUGUCCUUUCGAAGGAGGGAAGGCGUUGGCACAAUUAGAAAAGACACCAGGCAACAGAAGAAGAGUCAAGCGUAUCCGCAUCGUGA